AUGUCGAUUUUCGGCAUGGCUGCCAAAUAUUCCGAUAGCGAGCCCUCAUGGGUUCAAGGAUGGAACGGAAAGCUCCCAUCACAGUUCUCGAGCGUCCUGAGCAACUCGCUCAGCACAGGCAGCUCCCCAUUGACCCCCUUUCCUGCCCAGGAGGACCUGGAGGUCUUCCUUGAGCACACGGACACCGACCUCAUCAACCCUCUACGUCGACACCCCUAUCAAAUCGUCAACAAGGCCAAUCAGGCCGUUCAAUCAACCCGGGACGCCACGAUUGCCCACCGCCGAUUCGCCGCUGUGCGAGUCCUUGCGAGUGGCGAUCUAGCGCUUCUAGCCACUGCAUCAAGAAACGCAGCUGGGAUCCGGCUCAAGUCUGAGAACGCCCCCAUCUUUAAAAGCCUGCCAGCGCCCAUGAAUAUCACCCAUGUCGGGUGGCUGCCUCAUGAACGCAAAAUCAGAGAACAGGGCCCAGAGACCUCAUUUCUUGUGGUGAUGUUUGACGACGAGCGGGUCGCCAAUUUCGCUAUCAACCGGGGCCUCAUUACUAAGGGCAAGCAACACGCGUGCCAGAUUUACGAUAAGACGGUCAACCUACAGCAAUGUUUCAAAUGUCAAAUGUACAAACAUAUAGCCAAAUUCUGCAGACGUCAGCUCCGAUGCGCAUACUGCGCGGGCGAGCACGGUUCCGGAGAUUGCCCGGUCAAAAAUGACCGGGACCACGCUAAGUGCGUGAACUGCACAGAAGAGAACCUACAUAUCAAAGACCCGGCGAAAAAGCUUGACACUAAACACUUUGCAUAUGCACGAGACUGCCUAAUCCGGGCCCACUGCUUGACGCAAGUGCACCAACACCGAACCUUUGGCCCUCAAUUCCAUGCCCCCUGUGGCGAGACCAGGAAUGGACUCCCCCGGAGCAGUCAAAGUCAAUGA